AGAAACAGAGAGAGGCUCGCGCAGCAGCCGCUCGGGUAGUUUUGGCUCCGGAGACGCGCAGGACGCAGCGAACUGUCCCGGCUCCCCCUCGAUGGUUCACCGCAGCCCGGAGGAGGGACAAACCUUCCACCGCUGCCCGGAAAUCAGCGCCCAGGAGCCGCACACACUCUGACAGCAGUAAGCCUCCUCUGCGCUUCAACAACUUUCACACAUAAAAGAAAAACACAACAUCCCGGAAAAACUCCGGGAAAACCCAGCGGAGCGUCACCGCGUCUCUACCCGCCCAGCGCUGCCUCUGCUCGGCCACGGACACCACGCGGGACCGCUGAUCUGACCUGGACUUACCCGGAUCUAUUUAUUUAUCCUGAUGAAACUUUGACUCACUGCCUGGGUGACACUGUAAACUAAUCAGAAGUGUAAGCGAGUGCGCGCGUGGUUUUAUUGCUUUUAUUUGGUGCGGUUUUUUGCGCUUGGCGUGCGUAAAAUCCGCGCUAAAACAUCCAUCCGAGACGGAGACAGCGGAGCAGAGCAGGGCUGCAGCGGAGGGUCAAGCAGGAGGAACAGCCGGCGGGCAGCCAUGCUGAAGCCGGGCGACCCGAGCGGCUCGGCCUUCCUGAAGGUGGACCCUUCCUACCUGCAGCACUGGCAGCAGCUCUUCCCUCAGGCGCAGCUCAAGGCUCCUCUGGCCCCGCCGCCGCCUCCACCUGACCGCCUCUCCAUCCCCAUGGACAGCCUGCGCCCGUCCCGCCUGCACAGCCACCUCCUGGCCUCCACACACUGCACCUCCUCUUCUUCUUCUACAUCCUCCUCUUCAGCUUCCUCCUCAGCAGCGGCAGCAGCAGCAGCAGCAGCCGCCCUCACUCCGUCCUCCUCCAUCUCCAUCUCCACCUCGGCAGGGAUCUCCCAACUGCCCGUCCCUCAGCAGAUCGCACUCUUCGGUCAGGCGUUGGCCCCGGUGUGUGCCGGGCCUGGAGGACCUGGAGGAGGAGGAGGACCAGGAGGAGGAACAGGAGGGGACCUGGUGGUGGUCGUACCCCCGGAGAACCAGCAGGGUCAUAACCCAGCAGCGGGGCUUCUCCACCCGGCCAAGGAGCAGAGCUGUGGAGGAGUCGGCGUGGUGUCGUCCAGCGUGAAGAGCAGCAGCAGCGGAGGAGGAGGAGGAGGAGGAGAGGAAGGCAGCAAAGGAGCGUCGGCCAGGUUCAAGCUGACGUCUGAGGAGUUGGACUACUACCUGUACGGACAGCAGAGGAUGGAGAUCAUCCCACUGAGCAACCACACGGGAGAGCUCAACAACCGUUGUGACAUGUGUGCAGACAACAGGAACGGCGAGUGUCCAAUGCACGGCCCUCUUCACUCUCUGCGUCGACUCGUCGGCACCAGCAGCACGGCAGCUCCCGUCACCCUGCCGGACGUCCCUGAUUGGCUCAGAGACCUGCCCAGAGAGGUGUGUCUGUGCACCAGUACCGUUCCCGGUCUUGGUUACGGGAUCUGCGCGGCUCAGAGGAUCCCUCAGGGGACCUGGAUCGGCCCGUUUCAGGGAGUCCCUCUGCUGCUCGACAAACUGCAUCCAGCAGCCGUCAGAAACAGCCGACACCUGUGGGAGAUCUACGAUGCAGAGGGGACGUUACAGCACUUUAUCGAUGGUAAUGAUCCCAGUAAGUCCAGCUGGAUGAGGUAUAUCCGCUGUGCCAGACACUGUGGGGAGCAGAACAUGAUGGUGGUACAGUACAGGUCCUGUAUCUUCUACAGAGCGUGUAUGGACAUCCCCAGAGGAACAGAGCUGCUGGUGUGGUACAAUGACUCCUACACUUCCUUCUUCGGCAUCCCGCUGCAGUGCAUCGCUCAGGACGAAAACUUAAAUGUCCCAGCCACAGUGGUGGAAGCCAUGACCAGGCAGGAGUCCCUCCAAUCCUUCAACAAGAACGGCAAACCCUCUUCCUCCUCAUCUUCCUCCUCUUCCACCCCCUCCACCACCCUCAUGCGCUCCAUGGUCUUUCCUCAUUCACCUUGCCCGAGGAAUUUCUCCCUGUUGGACAAGGUCGGGGUCGGGGUUCAGUCGGACUCCAGUUACGGCCAGUUAGGGUCCAAAAACCAGCGAGUCCUGGCGAGCCCAACCUCCACCAGCCAGCUGAGCAGCGACUUCAGCGACUGGCACCUGUGGAAGUGUGGCCAGUGUUUCAAGACCUUCACCCAGAGGAUCCUGUUGCAGAUGCACGUCUGUCCGCAGAAUCCAGACAGACCGUACCAGUGUGGCCACUGCUCCCAGUCCUUCUCCCAGCCAUCAGAUUUGAGGAACCACGUGGUGACGCACUCCAGCGACCGACCCUUCAAAUGUGGAUACUGCGGCCGCGCGUUCGCCGGUGCCACGACGCUCAACAACCACAUCCGUACGCACACCGGGGAGAAGCCGUUCAAGUGCGAGCGUUGCGACCGCAGCUUCACACAGGCGACUCAGCUCAGCCGCCACCAGCGACUUCCCAACGAGUGUAAACCUGUGAAUGAGAGCAGCGAGUCCAUCGAGGUGGAUUAACACCCAGACUGUUUACUGACCGAGACCACGUCCACAUUAAGACUAAAUAUGAAAAUGCAUCUUUUUGUUUUGACUCUCCGUCCACACGAAGCCGCUGAUUUCCUCAAUGGAAUUUUUUUUUUCCCCCAUAACAGAUUAAUCUGAAAAAGCCGACUUGAUGUUUUACCAGGAGGUCAUAUCAAAAGCAACUUCAGCUGCAGCUGUAGUGACAGUGUGAGUGCUGCUCUCCGAGCAUUCAGUCCACACCAACAGUCCCUUUUUCCAGGAGCAAAACUACGGUGGCCCAGAGAGCUCAACACACUGCAACUCAAGAAAACACAUGAAAAUAGACAAGCAGAUUAUGAAAAGGUUUUCACCAGUUUGACAGCACAUGCGCAACAUUUAGGAAAAUACUGCAAAUUGAGAAAACACAACCAAACACAGAAACACGCUGCAAUAUGUUUUUUUUUUCUUGUGUUUUGUUUACAGGACUAAUUUUGCUCCAAAGUUGCGUAACUGCCUAGAGUUGGUUCGUGUUCUCACAGGAGCAUUAAAAAUGCCUUGUGUGAGAAAGCUGCUCUUGAUUGGUCAGAAUUUCCAUGUGGGGAAAAAUCAAACACUUGCAAGAUAAAUGUGACACUUUCUAAUGUCCUGAACCUUCAUUAAUAUCGGCCUAUAUUUUAUCUCCAAGUGCACGUCACACACUGAGCGAGCCGCCUGUUAAUGACGCUGUGGGCUAAUGGGCAUGUAGCUACUUCCAUGUUUCAGAUGAUGCGUCAUGUUUGUAGUCGACCAAUGAAGAUGAGUUUACAUAUCACCUUGGGUUCGUCCUUCACCUUCUCAAAAUGAUCCCACACUUUGGAUUUCCUGCCCGACAUGUUAUUAACUAGCCUGUGGAAGCUAAGCAACCUUAACAAGCACCAUGUAGCCUAGUUACCUGAAAUCCUGAGAGCAGAGCUGAUCUUCUUCCAGGAGCUGUUUAUAAGUGUGUAGGCCGAUCGUCCGUGGGACAGAUGUAAAGCUCUGGGCAGCCCUGCACUAACAUGAUCAACCUUUCCGUGUUUAUCAGACUGAAUAUUUACAGAAGAGGGAAAGAUAUCUGUCGGCUGUGAUUGGGCCAACUAAUGUUUCGACGACUUUUAGGGGGCAGCCCUAUUCUGGACAUAAGGGAAGAGGCUUGUUUAGUACAGAGCCCCGUAAAUGUUGCAGUAAAAAUGACCAUUUCUGAUUAUGAUUACAGUGUGCAGCCCUGUUUUAUACUUUUAGUGUAGUUUCUGACAGCAGAAAUAAAAUGUGUAGAUGAGAAUGACUUAUUUAUGAAAUGGUCUUUAUUGUGUUGAUGCUCGACAAACAUUAGCUGUGAGCCACAGUUUUCUGACCAAAAUACGAAGACAGAGAUUCUUCUGUUUCCUGCUGUCCUGGUGUUUCAGUGUGGACGGAGGUUUUUAGGAAAACCACCUGAAAAUGGAGCAUUUUCACAUUUAGCCGUCUCAGUGUGAACACAGUCUGACUGCUGACAGAUUUGACUUUACUGACUGACUGACUGACUUCUGCAGAGAAGAGACUUUGAAGCCACAUUCAUCCUGCUGGAGAGAAUCCUGAUUCAACCAAACCAAAGAUCCUUUUAUUUUCCCAGCAGAGAAGAAGAACUUCAAGACGAAAUAGUUGGACUCACAAACUUAAAGUUUUUUUGGACGAGGAUAUUUAUUGGAGACUUUUUGGGGAAUCCAGUCAGGUUUCCCUCCAAAGAAAACUCUUUCUUGAAACCGGGACAAAAACAAUGAAAUACCAAAAAAUGCAGACUGAUUGGUCUGUCUGUAGCUUUACUUCUCGGUUUCUCUCUUUUUCUUUUUUUCUUUCUUAUUUGCAACAGCGAUGCCAAAGGAGGGCGCGACCAAAGCAAACAGACUGAGAAUGCACAACGAGCAACAACACGGACGUCUGAGGACGACGCUCCAGUUUUACAUCACAAAAUGAACAAAUAAAAUGACAUGGAGUAUGUAUUGUAAAAAAAAACCAAGAAAAAAAUCCCAAAAGAAAGGACAAAACAAACAUAAAUUAUAUUUAUCUUCUUGCUCAUAUCAUGCUUCGGGCACUUUUGUUUUGAAAUGUUGAUUAUUUAAUUUUUGAUGUUGUCAGAUGUAGAGAUGGCAGAGACAGGAGGGAAAUACUGAAGAGAUAAUGGACGUGAUUUCUUAUAGAAAUAAUCCCACAGUUCAUAAAGCGUUAAAUAUGAACUUGACACAGCAUGUGUUUAAAAAUGUAUUUGGGUUAAAGCCAGUUUGUUUGUUUGUUUUUUCAUCUUGCUGUUUCAAACAUUUCCAGGGUCAACAUUUCUUACAUUUCUUCUUUUUUUGAUAACAGAUAAAGAUGACAUCUGAUCAUCUGAGGCACAAACACCAUCAGUUCCAAAAAGGGCAAAAGUUUCUGGUUUUAAAAAAAUACUUUCUCAUCUCUCUCUCAUGAUUCGUGUUUGUCUCAUAGAGUAUAUUUGCUACGCGAUUCAAGUUUGAAUCCAUUCACAAGCAAUCUCAGAUGUGUAAAUAGUCCUGUGUCAUUACGAUACACUUUGUAUUAAAACGAGUGAGGGUAAAAGCACAGUUAUUAUAACAUGAACACCAAAAAGGUUUUUGUGCCUGAGAGUUAAAAAAGCUUUAAUGAUAAUAAUCUGUAACUUCUCUUCCCAAAGACCAACAGAGUGUUGAACCUGCUGGAUGUAAAUCUACAGUCCAAACCAAAACUCAAAGAGAUGUUUCACUGCAGGAAAAACUGCUUUUACUUUAAUCACACAAACGUCUGUACGAGUUCUGGAGCAGCAUCAGUCACUGACAGUCAGGAUCAGUCUAUUUAUUUAUUUUAGAGGUGGAAAAUCUGCACAACUAGAACAUGUACAAGUUAUGUGUAAAUACUCGCUAUAAAAUGCGCUGCAUUUGGAUGGAAACUCAACUUGUGUCUUAUCUGCAGCGUUGAUCUACUUCUGUGAUUGGCUGCUUACCUCCACAAUCCAAUCAGCAUAAGUAUCAGUUUGUCCUACAGAACCUCCACACCAACAUGUUUCUUGUUUAUUGGACUCUUUGACUAUUUAACAAUUUUCAUACACUCUGUCUAAUUUUGUGAACUUAUUUCAUUUGCAGUUCUGCCAGUACUUUUAAACAGAUGCAACUAUCAGUCAAUAUAUAAAAGUCUGCAGAUGAAUUCUGAAGUUACAACCAGGAAAAUGGAAGCAAUUCAUAAAAAUAAAAAUAACCUAUUGUUAACCUGUGUUUCCAUGUCUUCCAUACGUUUACGUGCACAGUGAAGUCGAGCUACAGUUAUAGUUCGAGAGGGGAAUCGAUUUAUUGAGCCAAGUAUGUCCGACUCCUCUAUGAUAGGUGCAGAUAUGCCUCCUCUCAGCUUGUUAGUUUUGGACCUUUUUCCUGUUGACCUAUUACGUCACAGACCAAACAAUCACCAUUCUGUAUCUCCUCGUCCGUCCAAAAAGUCACGGCUCUGGAUGUAGAUUUCUCCAUGUUGUUACCGGCUUCUUCUUCUCUUACACAUUUAAUGCUAUUGGACUUCCGGGUCAAAGCCCGGGGCGGAAACUGUGGAGCAUGCUCAGAAAUCCUCUGCCAGUUUGGGUCUGAUUGACUGUAUACAUGCAGGAGGAAUUCAACUCCCAAUCAUGCACAAAUUCACUUCAGUAAGAUUUCAGUCAGACAAACAUGUUUACAUGUAUUUUCAAAGUCCAGUUUUAGUCGGACUGACACAAUAAAUCAAUUUUCUCUGAUGUCAUGUAAACGUACUGAGUGACAAAGUAGUUUCACAUUUUCACAGAUGGAGAGUUUAUUCCCAAAACUUCAUGUGUUAGCUGCAGAUCAUCAAGUGUUGCAUAAUAAAACAUGUUCCUAUAUUUCAAAUUUAUCAGGUUUAUCUCCAUUUAUAGUAAACCUCUUCAACUGUGUGAUGUGAUAAUAAAUCCUAAAGUCUGGGAGGUGUUGGCAGCUCUACAGGACAGAACAACUGCUCGUCAAACUCUUACAGACCUGUUCAUGUUACCAAAAGUAAAAGCGGUUUGCACCUCACUGAGACAUCUCUUUAUUCAGAAUGCAGAUUGAUCCAAUGCUGUAAAUAUAGAAAAAUACAAACUAUGGGGAUUUUUAUAUGAUGGAUCAAAGGGAGGUGAAAUUAUUGGACUAAAACACAAAGGUGAAUACGAACCAGAGCUCUGAGCAAAUUCACUUUAUGUUGACAUCUGUCGGGAUCCAAAAUAUGAUUAGAGACUAAAAGUCCUUCAGCAGUCACUAGUUUGAAAGAAAAAUAACCCAAAUUACAAGAAAAGUAAGUAAGUAGUAAUUAGUUUUUGGAAAUGUAGACAUUCGCGGACUGAGGUAGAAGUACCCAAAGUAGCCUCAAGGAACUUGUUUUAAAAAGUUUAUUUUUAAAUCCAAUCUUCCUUUAAGACCCACCUUGGAAACAGGUCUCUAAAUUUACAUUCAUCUGUUCUUCAGGUGACAAUUUAAAUCCCAAACAGAAAUUGAAUGUCAAGUUAUCAAUUGGAAAUCUUGAACAAACAGUAAUUGAUUCGCAGCAUUACUUUAUCCACAAUUGGUUGGAAAUAUAAAACAUUUUUCUGGAAGAAAUCAGCGUCUCGGAUCAGCUGAACACAAACUGAGUCUUGCUCUGACGUUCUGAUGAUGAUAAUCAUUUCCUCUGUAAUAUGACUGACAGAAUUUGAUGGAAAACAAAACCAGUCAUGCCAAACAGACUCUUAUGGCUCCAUUUUGACUUGAUCUUGUUUGCAUGAUUUCUCUGACACCCCCCCCCC